CUCCUCGUCCUGUGACUGACCUGUCGCCACUCCUCUCCUCGCCGUAUGUCAACACGUCUGUACCAAGCACAGGUGCCAACCGCCAUUCUCGACCUGCUCCGGACCGCCUACCCCAUCGCUCAAGGAGUGGUGCAAGACCUCGUCGACGCCGUGUACAACGUUCUGGAAUUCAGGAAGGACGACAAGGAUGACGGCGUCUGGAGCAAGCUUUCUUACUACUACCCCUCAACCAACCAAACCGGCACUCCCUCGCCGCAGCCUGUGGCGUACGACGUCGGGGUGAACGUCGCGAGGGUCAUCCGCAAAGCGGCGGACACCGCGACCACCGGAGGCAGUGGCGCCGACGCGCUGCUGCACUUCAUGGACGCGGAUGAUGUCGGGGUCUACAUCGAGGCGGAGAUGAGACGGAGAGCCAAGAAGAAUAAGGCGGACUACUUUGCAGCGAGGCCCGGGGAGGACUACGACGACGAAGAAGAAGCGGCUGUGGUCCUGGAGCAGCGUAAGCGCACGUGGGACAAGUUGGGUCCGCUCGCUCGCCUCGGCAGGGUGUACGUCGACGCCAACGCGGACGACAAGGCGUACUGGGACACCCUGAAGCUUUGGGAGCAGAGCUGGAUCAGGAAAGAUGACAAGCUUUCGAGAGACGAGCAGGUCGACCAAGACAAGAGGUGGACACAAGAGGACUACGAGGUGUUCCAGAGGGAGUACUUCAGGGCCCCGAAUCCGGCAGGUUUCCUGUCAGAGCUGGAGAGCGACCUGGUGUUGCAGGCGCACGUCGGCAUCAACGUCCGCGUUGUCGCCACCGAUGGUGGAGAUAACGAUGCGCUGCGUGAGGCGGUGACCGAUGCCGCUCUCGCCAUGACCAACGAGGACUGGAUCAUCUUCCGCAAGAUCUGGUUCAGCCAGAACAACCCCGAAGAAACGAAAAGGGUCGUCGAGAUCGUUGAGGACCACAUUGGCAACAUGCAGGGGAUCUUCAAGAUUCCCAAGGACCUUAAGGAUGCCACGACCGCGCUGCACGAUGCGCAGAGCGCCUUCCUCCUCGCCAGCCAGGCCAGCAAUUUGAACGGCAGCGAGAAGAGGAGGCUCGAGGAACGAUCGUUUCAGGUCCAAAACAGCUUGGCUGGACUAGGGGCUAUAGAAGCGGAAAUCGCAACGCACCAAGUGUCCCUGCGCAGUCUUCGCCGGGAAGCGGCCAAGCUCGAUCAAGACCGCGAGAAAGUCCAGCGGAAAAUCGCCAAGAUCGUGCCCGCAACGGCCGACGCCGAGCUCACCGAGGACCAGGAGGCGGAAAUUGCGGCUCUUCGACUUAAAAAGAGCGACAUCGUGAAAGCACGUAACGAAGUCCAGCGCAAGAUAGUCGGGCUUGCGGGACUUAUUUCUGAGCUCUCCGCGGAAGUCGCCGCAGACAGAAACGCGCUUCAGCAAGAAGCAGCCGCGCUUGAAGCAAACAUCAGCGAGCUUUCCAUCAAAGGUACCGCCUAUGCAGAGCAGAAGGCCCUCGCCGCCGUUGCUCUAAAGGAUGCCAAAAAUGUCGCCGCAGGUCGCAAGCAUGCACAAGAGCAGGCGCAGAAGGAUAAGGUCCAGGAGUACUACGCGCAGGACACCCGCUUUGGCAACCAGAGGGCUUCGAAGUAAAUUCCUGCUGAACUCUGAUUCUCAGUUCGUCGUUAGGUGCUUGUUGCGUGACCA